AUGAAUAAUAAUCCCUCAAUAAUCCCAAAAACCGCGGAUGAGGAUUCGGUCAUCGUUUCAGUACUCAGCCAGGUCAUAAGAGGCGGUAACAAUGUCGUGCCAGGUAGUGGAGAAGAGAGGAAGAAGAAGAGAUAUAUAGGAGUUAGUUUACGGUCAUCGGGAAAUUGGGCUGCGGAGAUUAUGGUUCCUGGGAAAGUGCGGAAGUGGCUGGGGAUUUUCGGGACGGUGGAAGAGGCUGCACGAGCUUACGACCGGGCUAGCAUUCGUUAUCGAGGGAAGACGGGCAAGACCAAUUUUCCAGUGGAGGAGUACCCGGAGCUUGAACCGGAAAAUAAUGCUCAAGGAAGCUGA